AGCAACCAAAGAGCAUCAAGAUCAGAUCAGCCCACCGAAAUAAACAACAACAUGCAUACCCAUAACCUCUAGCAGAGGCAGCAGCAUCCUGAACUCAGAAUAACUAUCUAUCUCGUACCUGCACGCAAUCUCCUACCCCACACCACCACCACCCCACUAUUCUUCACCAUCGCAACUCCAAAAAAGCCUCAACCUCAACCUCAACCUCACCCAACAACCAUACAAUGACAUCCACAACACCCAACACCGAAGGAGAAAGAGGAGGAGGAGGAGGAGGCUUCCUCCCACCGACCCUCCCAUCCCCCGCCCCCUCCACCCCACGACCAAGCACGCCCUCCCUCCUCCCCAAACCGCGAACGCAUCCUCUGCGCGCAGGGUCCGCCAAAGAAGCAACAGUGAUCAAUCACAUCGAUACGACGUUACUGAGGAUUUCGCGCCGGCACGCAAAGAAAUUCAGUAGUGCUUAUUAUAAGCCCGAUGAUGAUGAUGCUGCUGGAUUCAACUCUAAUGCGACGGGUUAUUCCCCGGAGUCGUUCGAAGCUCGGAGGGGAGGGAAUGAUGGAGGAGAAGGAGGAGAGGUGCAGGGCUAUGAAAGCUUCAAGGAAGUAGCGAGGGAUUUGGAGGGUUUGGUGGAUGUGCUUUGGGUUAGUGGGACGCCAUCCCUCCAAAUCCCCUACCUCAUCUCCCUAGCCAUCCAGGUCAACUCCUACCUGCCCGAGUAUCCCUUCUCAGCGGCGCCUACGUUCCGCUUACUGCGGAAGUUGGAUGAGGUGUUUGCGGAGCUUUUAGGUGGUAGUGGUAAUGGGGAGAAAAAGAGUGUGGUGUCUAUGACGGAGAAGGUCCGGAUUAAGAGUAUUGCGGAGUCGUGUCGGGUGUUGGUUGUUGAGAAGAGAGAGAAGGAGAUUGAGGAUGCUAAUGGGGCAGAGGAUGAUGAUUAUGAUGAGGAUGAGGAUGAAGAGUUCGAGGAUGUCUAUGGGGAUGCGAAUAAAUUGGAGGAUUAUAUGCCUGUUCCUGGGAAGUGGGAGAUGGAGACGGCGAAGGUUUAUGAGAAGACGAUUCAGUUGUUGGGCGAUGAGUUGGGGAAUGUCGGUGAGUUUUGUGAUGAGGAUUUGGCCGCGGGGGAUGGAGGGGUUUGUGAUACGGGGGAUUUUGUGGUGGAGUUGGAGGAUGAUGAUGAUUGAUAUCUAGCUUCUGUACUUUUUGUUGGUUUGAUGGGAUGUGGUGUUUUGUAUAUGUAUGGGGUGGAUAUGGUGUUUAUAAGGGCAGUACUGGUUAUCAGGGGGUCUAUGGCGUUGAGGACACUUGGGUUUGUUGGUCUUAUAUCUGAUAUUAAGGGUGCAUGACGAGUGCUUUAAGUUAUACUUUGUUUGGUUCUAUCAUUCGCUACAGUCGCUAUCGCCUGGCUCAACACUCCUCUCUUAACUACCGCAAUAUACUACACCAUGCCAGA